CCCCACCUAUCGAUCUGCAGAGACCAAUGCUGAAUUCCUUGUGUUUGGCGUUUAUUUGUCGCGUGCUUCAGAAAAUGACGGAGGCUGAAUUGUACACUGUAUAUAAAGGGCUUUACGUGCCAACAAGUUUACACCCCCAAGAAAGUCUAAAAUACUAUGAGGACUUCAUCUUUCGCCCGGAUGACAUCUUGAUUGUCACUUAUCCCAAGUCGGGUACAACAUGGUUGCAAGAGAUAGUGCCGCUCAUAGUGAGUGAAGGAGAUUUCACAACUGUGCUGACUGUGCCAAACUGGGACAGAACACCAUGGCUGGAGGAACAUCGGGCGAUGUUGCUCAAUCUAGAGCAAAGACCGUCUCCCCGCAUCUUUGCAACUCACUAUCACCACCAAAUGAUGAAUGAGUCUUAUUUCAAAGUAAAACCGAGGGUUCUUUAUGUCAUGCGCAACCCAAAAGAUGUGUUCACAUCUUCAUUCCACUACUAUGGAAUGGCCUCGUACCUGGUGAACCCGGGGACCCAAGAUGAGUUCAUGGAGAAGUUCCUUGAUGGAAGAAUCAUGUUUGGUUCCUGGUUUGAUCAUGUGAAAGGGUGGCUAAGUGCUGAAGAUAAAGAGCACAUACUGUACAUUUUUUAUGAGGAGAUGAUAUCUGACUUGAAAGGAUCUGUGGAGAAAAUGGCCCUGUUUCUGGGGAAAUCUCUGAGCCCAGAAGUGACCGAGAAGAUCGCUGACCACUGUGUCUUUAAGAACAUGAAGCAAAACAAGAUGUCCAAUUACUCUCUCGUUCCAAAUGAGUUCAUGGACCAAAAGAAGUCAGAAUUUCUGAGGAAAGGAAUGGCUGGUGACUGGAAGAAUCAUUUUACUGAGGCGCAAGAGCAACGAUUUAAUGCUGUGUACAAAGACAAAAUGAAAGAUGUGAAAUUCAAAUUUGCAUGGGAAUGAUGAAAUGCAUCUUUUUAAUCUUGCUUUUAAUAAGCUUUUUUUUACAGUCUCACUAUUUUAUGUAGUAACAAUCUCUAACAGUGGAUUUCCUUGCAUCACAGGAAAUCUUGUUUUGAUUUUCUGAUCAGUCAUUUCCACAUCUCAAAUUAUGUGUUUUAUAGCAUUCUGUGGAGGAAAUAAAAUUUUAAAUGAAAACAUCUAAGUUUAUCAAACAACUUUUCCUUGAUCAUUUUUAUAGCAUUUUAUGUAUUCUAAAUAAAAUUAAACAAAUAUUUAAUGAUUUUUGCCCAAAAUUUGACAAUUACAGCUUUAUUGUAAAUGAUGUACAAUAAAAAUAAUCUUCCCUAUAGGGAAUAUAUUUACCUUGAA